AUGUCGUACAUCGUCCCUUAUGUGGAUAUUCCCGACCACAUCUACAGACAGGCCUACGCGCUUCAUGAAGUCAAUCGAUUAUGGUCGGAGGAUCUAUACGCAGACGGCGAGAUAUUCAGGGAGCUCGCCCAGAUUUCUUUAGAUGCAUUGCCACUCGCUACCCCCGUUCAAAAUUCGAGUCAAGAUAUCACGCCGUCCGAUGCCACGACCGCAGUUGAUGCAACUGCUGUGCCUCCCACGCCGAACGACUACGGUCCCAAAUACAUUUUCGACGAAUCUGGAUAUCGAUUUUAUCACGGUUUCACUCGUGAGAUCGAGCUGGAAUUAUACAUGCCUCAGACUGGCUUGACGCUACUCCGUGACCACAUGACUCGUUCAACAGAAACCAAGCUUCUCGUGGUGGUCGACCUGAAAACUUACAACAAGUGGACAUAUGGAUGGAGUGUCACGUUUUCCACCCAUGGUCCAUUCAAAACAUUCAACCGUGGCGGAGAAUUUAUUUCCGACGCAGGCCGGCGCGUCGAAGCGUGCGUGUAUGCGUUUUCUGAAGCAAUCAACUCGGUCGUCGACUUCAUCAACGACAGCCGGUAUGAGAAGCCCCCAAUCUCGAAUAUCUACGUGCGCGUCCCUCAGUUUAGGGAUUCCAAGUAUGCACUCCACUGGCUUUUACGCGCGGUGGAGCAAGGGGAAACCGGUCAUGAGACUUGGCGUGCAUGGGUCCGAAACAUGUAUAAUGCAGUUUCGAAGACCUUGGUUCAGAUGCGAAAGCUAAGGGCAGAAGGGGUUCAUGUUAGGAUGUGGCAGAACAUCAAGCAGCCGCUUGACUGA